AUGCUAACGUGUGAUCAUUGUGGUGUGGAGUUCCUGGAUGGCGUUCAGUGUCCCCUCUGCCAGAAUCACCUUGAUUUCGCAUGUGCUGGAAUUACUGAAGUAGGGUGGAGAAGACAAGGGGCGAAACAAUCUUCAUGGAAAUGUCCGAAAUGUAAAUCUGGCAGCCCGCGUCCUCCCAAUACACCAACCAAUACGGGGUUGGAAGACAUCUUCGCUGAGCUAAAACGGUUGACCACUCAAACUGGUGUUAUACCGGAUUUAAUGAACAUGAUGGUUAACGUACAAGCGGAACUGGCGGAAAUCAAGUCUUUGAAGGAGGAACUUGUAACUGUCAAAUCUUCUGUGGAAUUUACACACCAAUCCAUCGAAAAUAUAGAAACUAAAGUUUCUUCUCUUAGCAAGGAUGUCGAGUCUCUGAAAAAGACAAGAGCAGAAGUCACAUCCCUGCGUGAACAACUUGAUAAACUCGAUCUUCUACACCGCGACAAUGAACAAAGGUUACGUAAAACAAACAUAGAAAUCAAAGGCGUUCCUACAUCAGACUCCGAAAACCUUUUUACAAUCAUGGCAAAGCUAGGUGAUAUCAUCAAGAUCCCCAUCCAAAAAGAUCAAAUCAACUAUAUCGUGCGAGUCCCCAUGAGGAGUGACCCACGCAAAAAAAACAUUAUAUGCUCGAUUCACAAUUUAUAUCUGAAGGAGAACUUUAUAGCAGCUGCAAAAAAGCAUACCAUCAAGUCGUCGGACCUAGGGUUACAGGAAGACAGUCGAGUAUUUGUCAACGAUCACCUGACUAUAGAAAACAAAAUAUUGCUGAACAAAACCAAAUUGAUUGCCAAACAGCGGGGGUUUGCUUUCGUCUGGGUGAAGAAUUGCAAAAUUCUUAUACGAAGGAACCCGACUUCACCUGCUUUAACUAUAAAAUCGGAAAAGGACCUACAGAAGCUUGUACCCGAAACUCAUCAAUCAUAG